AUAUUGUGAGCCCUGAUACUAAUAAUGCUCCUCUAGGGCGCCUUCCCAGCGACUGUCAACUUGGUUCUGGUGUUGCGUCCCACCACUUUGCUGCAGCGGGCACUGUCAGACUUCCUCUUCAAGUUCAACAAGGAUGAGUUCAAAAUGAAGGUGGUCAUGCUGAGUUCGGUGACCGAGCUCCAUGCCUACAUCGACCCCGGACAACUAACAACGGAAUUGGGGGGCACACAAGAAUACUGCCAUGAAAGCUGGAUUUCCCACCGCACUGCAAUUGAAGCGUUUGCUCUGAUGGUGAAGACGACGGCUCACACUCUGCAGGCCUUUGGCACCGAGCUUGCAGAAACAGAAAUGCCCAAUGAUGCUGAGGCCACCACCAGCCUGCUGGACUUGCAUUCUCAAAAAAAAGACAAAAUGAAGGAGGACCUACAGGUGUCGCAAUCUCAGGGCGCGCGUCUAUUGGAGUGCAUCAACGAGCCUUUUCGGACUGACGCGGAAUACCUAAUGACCCAUGAUGAGCUGGAAAACCUCGCCACUGUGCAGCGACUCCUGGGUCAGCUGGACGAGACCGAGACAGCAUUUGACGAUUUCUGGGAACGCCAUCGCUCCAAGCUGGAACAGUGUUUGCAACUUCGAAGUUUUGAGCAGCACUUCCGUGAAGUGCGCUGCCAACUUGAUGCCACGUCGGAACGGUUGUGCGGUUUCUCAGAGGUCAGCGUAAAUCCUGUCCAUGCCGAGCACGUCCUCCGUGAGCUCAGCAGUCAUGAGGAAAAGGCCUGUGUAAGAACACACACACACACACACACACACACACACGCGGGCAGCUGAAAAUCGACCCUAACAUGCUCCAGAAAUCCACUUUUA